CAAGGCAUGGUAGGAGGUCCCUUAGUCUUUUCUCUUCUUUUUCAUCUGAAUCGCUUUGUACCACCUGCCACUUUAUCCAAAACAUUGGAUGGGCAAAUUCAUAACAAAAUCCAAUAGAUUCAUGGUCUCAACUCUGUGGACACUGCCAUCCUACAACUUGCACACCAAUCCAGUAACCCUUUUGCAGGAAUGAUUCUCUAUGACAAUUCUGCCAUGAAGCAUGAGAAACACACUCCCUUCAUUCCCUAUGGUUUCAAGCUGGUCGACCACAUUAUCCUAAGUUUCAAAUUUUCAAUAACCCAAAGUGACAGUAUAUAAUACAUGCUCCCAAUUGGAUGAAGGUCUAUCUUAAUUGUUGAGAUGCGUGCCUACAAGCUGGCAUCUCUGUGGAAACCCCAAUACAAAUACACCUAUGGAAAGAACCCAUAUCACCAAAUCAACCAUGGCUCUCCACUUCCCUUCUGUUCUGCUUCUCAUUUCCUGUCUUCUCUGCUUCUGCAUCACAUUAUCUCAAGCUCAGCAGCCCUCAUUCCGCCCCAAAGCCCUCGUUCUCCCGGUUUCGAAAGACCCAUCAACACUCCAAUACCUCGCCCACAUCAACCAAAGAACCCCACAAAUCCCAGUCAAGCUAACCCUCGACCUUGGUGGCCGAUUCCUCUGGAUCGACUGCGAACAAAACUACGCCUCAUCGUCCUACACCCCAUCUCGUUGCGAAUCAUCCCAAUGCAACCGCGCAAACUCCAAAAUCUGCACCACCGAAUGCUUCCGAUCGUCACCGAAGCCAGGCUGCUACAACAACACCUGCGGCUUGCUGCUCGAGAACACCUUCACCCAAACCGGUACCUCAGGGGAUCUCGGUCACGAUCUCGUCUCGAUCCAAUCAACAGAUGGGUCGAAACUGGGCAAAAUUGUCAAAGUUCCGAACUUUCUCUUCACUUGUGGCGCCACGUUCUUGCUGGAUGGACUUGCAAAGGGUGUUAAAGGCAUGGCUGGACUUGGCAGGACCAUACUCUCCCUCCCUUCUCAAUUCUCUGCUGCCUUCAGCUUCCCCAGAAAGUUCGCAAUCUGCUUGAGUGACUCGGGGAAAGGAGUUGUCUUCUUUGGAGAUGGACCUUAUGUGAUGCUACCAAACGUCGAAAUCUCCAAGUCAUUGAUCUACACUCCAUUGAUUAUCAACAAGGUCAGUACAGCUUCUGCUGCCUUUGCAGGGGAGCCUUCCUCUGAUUACUUCAUUGGAGUGAACUCGAUCAAAAUCAACAACAAAAUUGUCCCACUGAACACAACUUUGCUCAAAAUCAACAAAGAGGGUUUUGGCGGGACAAAGAUUAGCACUGUUCAGCCAUACACCGUCCUCGAAACUUCGAUUCACAAAGCUGUGAUUGCUACUUUCGCUAAGGAACUAAGUGGAGUGCCUAGAGUGGCAGGGGUUGGGCCGUUUGAGCUGUGUUACAACUCGGUGGGGAUAGGGAGCACCAGAGUUGGACCCGCUGUGCCGCAGAUCGACCUGGUGUUGCAGAGCAGCAAUGUGUACUGGAGAAUUUUCGGUGCGAACUCGAUGGUUCAGGUGAAGAGUGGUGUUCUCUGCCUAGGGUUUGUGGAUGGUGGGGUGAAUUCUAGGACUGCCAUUGUCAUUGGUGGGCAUCAGGUGGAGGAUAAUCUGCUGCAGUUUGAUCUUGCAGCUUCCAGACUUGGACUCAGCUCUUCUCUGUUGUCUAGGCAGACUACCUGUGCCAAUUUUAACUUCACUUCCACUGCUUGAAGACGAGGGAAUUGGUGCUGGGUUAAAUUAUGGCCGGCCAUAUGUUGUUUUAAGUGUUUGCUGAGUGGUUUACUAAAUUACGGUGUAUCUUUUUUUUUUAUCAGCUGAUGUUUGGAACCUAAGUUGAGUAAUUAGAGUUAGUUGAUGGGUCAGGCAAGUUCUGUUAAUGGCAGUAGUGGUCGAGCUUGAUGGCUGACUGGCUGUAACUGCAAGCCCGUACUUCAUCAAUUCCUGAGCUUUCAGUAGACGUUUUGUCAAAUUGCCUUUUAAAUCUGUGUAAUGCGUUAAAGCCGAUGUUGCAUGGGGAAAAGACUCCAACUUGGGGUUUGGUUUGUUUUUAGUAAUGAUCGUGAUGGGGAUAUUCGUUGAUGUCGAACUGUCAUUGCAUUUAUUUUCGUUAUUGUUGAUUUGUGCUUUGAAACUUUCUAGUAUGAUACACAUAUGGAGUUAUGGAGCAUAUGUUGAUAUUCAAUUCAUUGUGCUUCCGUCAACGACAUUUCAAUCCAUCAAUAAGUUAUUUUAAAACAAAAAAUAUAACUAGAAACUUUCAACAUUUUAUAAAUUAUCUAAUAACAU